AAAAUAAGUUUUAUGACAGACAAAUUUCAAAUAACAAAAGUAGUAUUCAAAAACUUUUUAAUCUAAUUAAGCCACAUAUUGAAUCAAAAAGCAGCAAAUGUUUAUUUAUAUUGUGCUAUUCGAUGUACAAAUUCCAGAAAUGGUCCACAUCUAAUGAAUUAGAUAAUAAAAGAUUUUUACUUUGUACUGAUGGUGAAAAUGAAUAUUGGGAAAAGCUUUUGUUGGAUUAUCGUUGUGUCAGAGAUGACAAUGGUAAAGUAUUUUGCUAUAAAUUAGAACAAUCAAAUAUUUUGACUUUAGAAGAGCAAAUUUACAUUUUAACAUCUAUUCCAAAUGAUCAUUUCUGGAGUUGGAGUAAUCAGAUAUCCACCAAUAUAAAGUUUGAGCAAAGAUUACCAACUUGUGUUAGAUAUUUUGCUGCCUCCCCAAGAAAUAGAAUCAUACAAGCAUGUUGUUAUCGUGAAGAUCCUGGAAAAAUAGUUUCAGCAGUGUUAGAGGUUCUUAUGGGUAGAAAUGAUGUUACUAUCCCAUAUGCUAAGGAAAAAAAAGUUUUGAUGGUUAACAUUGAUGCUGAUAUAACAUGUAAUAAGAAACAAAGUAAAACGUAUGGGCACCGCAAAAGGCCUUUUAAUAAAAUAUCUAUCGAAACGUUAUCAACAAAUAUUAAUUGUAGUAAUGUUGAAGAACUUCCAUCAUCGUCGAACACAUCGUCUGUUCAAUUAAAUCUGUUUCAAUAUUAUUGUGGACAGUUGUUUAAUCACGGUGUUUUAAAAUGGAGAUAUAUGGAUGAAACUAUGCAUAUAGUUUUAAUGAAUGAUUAUGAUUCUGAUACUGGUGAUUUCCUUUGUAAUGACUUCAUUCACAUCAGUGUCACAAGUUCAACUUUGUCUCCAAUUUAUAAUUGUUCAUGCAAGAUAUUUUCAAUUUCAAGCAGCCAUGUAGAUGCUACUAUUGUUAAUUAUUGCCUGCAUGUCCGUUUGUUAAAAAGCCUACUUUCUCUAUUGGCUCCAUUUGUAGAGCCAGCAUUAAAUGAUACCUGUUAUAUAAAUGUUUUUGUAAUGAAUGAAGGGCUCAAGUUUUCUUCAAUUCCAGUCAUUGAAUUACCAUCACGACUUAAUGUCAAUAAAUUUUCUGUUGUAGCAAAUCAAUCUGUAGCUAUUGUGACUAUUUAUAAAGUUUCAGGUAGUAAUAGGAGAGUUGCUCAAUGCCACAACUCUUCGUGCAUGGUUAAUGAAGGCUCUAAAAGAGCUUUAAAAUACUUAAAUAGUGAAAGUGUAAGCGAAGUCUGCUGUCAUCUAGUGAAAUUAAGAGAAUGUUGGGAUUUGAGUUCUUUUAACAGUGACUUGAAUGAAGAUUUUGAUACUGAUGUACUUCCAAUGGAUGGUAGUGAACUUCCAGAUGAAAAGUGGAUUGAUUUAUUUGAUGAUGCAACGGGUCUUUGGAAAUUUGGUAUAAGUGCCCCCAGUAAGCAACAAGUGGAUCGAGAUCCAUUUUCUCCAGGAUUGGUAAGAGAAUUAAAUAAAAGAGUCCAAUGGAUACAUAAUCAAUCAGUUUAUCCUUCCUUUGAUGGUGUUUGCGAAUGUGGGGCUGGAUGGACUACCGAUGCUCAUCCAGAAGGACAACUUUUCCCCAAUGGAACAUCCAAUUUAUAUACAGACAGAGGUGUUAUACUAGUGCAUGUUUUCUUUCGACGUUGUGUUGGAAUGUCAUGUAUAAGGUAUUGGGAUGGUGCAGAACAUUGCGUGUUUCGAAUAUCCUCAUCUACAUGUGCUGGGUAUGAAAUUGGUUGGGACUUCGUUGAUUCCGUUCAAACCAGUGGUCAAACCUUUAGCGGUUAUUUUACUAAUGUGAGUAAUCGUUACAAGCGUAUGUGUAACAAUGCGUUGCCAUUUAUGUCAAAUUCGGUUUUUAUUAGUUGGUUUUUUGGAUGGACAUCUCACAUGGGGAUUGACUUUCGAGAACAGUGCACAAUGUGCGGAGACAGCAAUCGCAUUUUAGCUUGUGAUGGAACGAAACUUGGUAUUGGGUUUAAGCAAACCUUUGUAAAACCUAUUGAGACUCCAGAAAUUGAAGAAGUUUCAAAAACAACAUUCCGGAAAUUUGAUCGGUGUUUCAUUCCAAAUACCAAAGAAAAAGACCCUAAAGAUUUUGCACAAGCAAGAAAAUCUAUCCGCACUGUUUGCGAAACGAUAAUGAAUCAGUGCACUAAUCAUGAUGUAUUAUCUUUAGCAGCCUCUAUAGAUUUUUGUAUACCAGUUUAUGCCAAAGCUGCUUUUAACAGAAUGUUAACUGGAAUAGAUUGCUCUCCGCAAGAAAGAACAGCACUUGCAGAAUUUUUUUUGUUACUUGCAGCUGAUGCAUCAAUGGAUUCCUUAAUUCCAUAUAGAUUUUGUUCUGAAGUAUCAUCUUUUAUGAUGUUGGUAUUGGAAAAUUGCGUUACUAUUAAUGAUGUGAAAAUUUUUGUACAUAAAUCUAAAUAUUACUGCCCUGAAUUGUCAUCACUUGUACUUAAUUCUGUUAAUUGUUCUUCAAAUGGAAACCCACGCUCUGAUGUAGCAAUGCUUGUUGAUUAUAUUGCAAAAGCUAUAAUUAACAUUCAUACAUUCAAUGAACCUUGUGGAGAUAUCAGAGUAAUUGAAAAUUCUUAUAAUCCAGCUAAGUAUGGUCGCGCAUACUACUUUACUCAACAUGGAUGCCAAAUUAGAAGGAUGCGCGACUUUACUAUAGAUAAAGAAGAUCGCAAAAAAAUUGUUUUUGAUGACCAUCCAGAUGUCAGCUGCGAUAAACAAUUUCCUUCUGUUUCAAAGAAAGGAACAACUUAUGCAUUUUUUUGGUUCUGUCCUGUUCAUGGCCAUUGCUAUGGAUUUCAUAUAAUUCCUGGCAGUGAAGGUCGAAAGGAUCCUGCAGCGUCGCUUUAUACUCAUUGUCCAGAAGCUCCGGACGAUCUAUUUUAUGAUUUUGCAUGCAAUUUAUCUGAGUAUUGUAAAAACAGAGAGUCGCAGUAUUUUUCGAAGACUAGAUUCUUUCAUGAUAUUUUUCAUGGAUACACGCAUAAGUGUUCCAAUGCUUUUAAGUACAAUCGUUUGACUAAUUCAUCUCAGGUAAAUACGUCCAUAUGCGAACAAUUUAAUAGUUAUAUUCAAAAGAUCAAGCGUUCAGCAAAGUUAAUGUCGCAAGCGCAUUUUAUGUUUCACGUACAAUUUUUUAUAUAUCUUUGGAAUAAAUCAAAGCGAAGCUCGUUUCAAAGAAAGCUGAAUAUUGUUCAGCAAGGAUCUCAAAAUUAA